AUGGCCGACUGGAUACGCAAUUGCGACCAGUGCAUGGCUGCGAAAGGUCCGAAAACUAGAAGUAAAGAAAGAAUGCGUCAGUACAACGCGAGAGCGCCAUUUGAACGUUUGGCUCUGGAUAAAGCAGGUCCUUUUCCUUCCAGCGACGCGGGAAACAGAUAUGUACUUGUGGUCAUGGACUAUUUCAGCAAGUGGCCAGAAGCCUAUGGGUUACCCAACCAGGAGGCGAAAACGGUUGCUGAAGUUUUCACUCAGAACUGGUUGACUCGGUUUGGAAUACCUAUUGAAAUACAUCCCGACCAGGGUAGGAAUUUUAAAUCAUCUGUAUUUAGAGAAAUGUGCUCCAUGUUGUGCAUCAAGAAGACUCGGACGACGGCGCUGCACCCUCAGUCUAAUGGAAUGGUUGAUAGAUUCAACCGAACCCUUGACGGACAUUCACGGAAGGUCAUGCACAAAAGUCAGCGGGAUUGGGGCAAACACAUCCAGAUAUUCUUGCUGGCUUAUCGUGCUGCGCUGCACGAAACUGUUGGACAUGCACCCGCUAAAGUUCUCUUUGGAAUGGACCUGAGGCUUCUAGCGGACCUUAAAUUUGGAAAGAAACCGGGUGAAGCUUUGGGUAUAGGUAAAUACUGGACAACUUCCAGGGACGAGAUAGAAGAUUUGCACCAUUUCGUAAGGCAAAGGACGCGGCUCAUUAUUGACAAAAUGAAGGACCGUUGCGACCGUGGAGCUAAUUCAGACGGGUUCAAGGAAGGUGAUUUGGUUUUGCUCUUUAACCUGCGGAGAAGAAAAGGAUUGUCCCCCGAAACUCCAAACAUCGUGGGAAGGACCGCUAAAGUUGGUUUAUCGUGUUCAACCUUGUACAAGAGGCCGAAGCAAAAUCAACUUGGAGAGGCUGACCCCUUAUGA